AUGUUAUUUACAACCAAUGGAAUGAUCAUCUUGGAUGAUAUACAUACGUCGUCUGGGGAACAUUAUUCUGACGUUGUUGGCGGUGCAGGAACAUAUGCCAUACUUGGAUCCUGCAUCGUUAGAGAUGGUUUAAGUGGGUGGAUUGUUGAUCGAGGUUCUGAUUUUCCCAACAAGAUUACAAAAGAGAUUGAACAUUGGAAUUCUGGUGCUAUUUUCCGUGAUUCUACUAAUCGAUUGACCACUAGGGGUGCAAAUUUUUAUGGUGAGAAUGAUUUAAGACAAUUUAAAUAUUUGACACCCAAAAGACAAAUCACUGUUCUGGAUUGGAUUAAUUGCUAUGGAGUAACAAAUGUAAACAGUAUAAAAUGCAUUCAUCUAGUUUGUUCACCCGAACGUGUUCAAGAGAUUCUAGAAGCAUUGUCUCAGAUUAGGAACGAUAAUUUGAUGGUUCCCACUUUCAUAUGGGAGCCAUUACCAGACUCAAUGAUUGUUGAAAACUAUGACACUAUUAAACAGAUAUUGGAUAGACAUGAAAAUAUCAUCAUAUCACCAAAUUGUGAAGAAGGUGCGCGUUUAUUUGGUAUGAAAGAACCUCGAGAUAUUGUUCAAUGCAGGGCCUUACUUUGCAAAUUUACAGAUUAUAUGAAACCGGAAAAUAGUUGUGUUUUGAGAUGUGGUAAAAUGGGUAGUAUGAUAUUAUCCCCAAAGACUGACGAUGGUACCAGAGAAUCGUCUCAUUUUCCUGCAUAUCAUUUACUGACUCCAGAUAAAGUUGUAGAUCCCACAGGUGGAGGAAAUUCCUUUCUUGGAGGGUUUGGUUUGGCUUAUGCAUUGACUAAGGACUUUCAAAUUAGUAAUCUUUGUGGUACAAUAAGUGCAGGCUGCAACAUUGAACAGAUUGGCGUUGCCCAAUUCGACUCAAUUAGUAAAAAAAUUAACAAUACGCUGACAUUCAAAGAACGUGUCGAACAUUACAUUAAACUAUACAAUCUACCGCUCUCAGUGGACGAUAUAUAUUCUAAAUUAUACAAAUAG